AUGGCCACCUAUACCCCAUCACUGCACGACAACCUCGGGUUUCUCAGCUCAUUGCAAUCAGUCAAGCCCCACAGUCUAGAUGCAGUUCAGUCUGUCUGGCAGUCAAUAGUGACCGAGUGGUUCCCUGGCCGCCAUGGCUACAGGCCGAUCUUCAAAGGUUCUACGCUUGCCAACAAUACCAUGCCGGAGGUCACUAUUCAAGUCUGGGCAUUGGCUCAGAACCCUUCAGCUUCACAGGAGUGGAUUGAACGCCAAAUCUUGCUAGUCAAAUGCAAGUGUCCAUCAAGUAACACUCCAUCGUGCUGGGAUGAUACCAUUGGUCAGUUUGAGGACGAGAUUGCAAAAGCCUCUGACAGACUAUUUGGCGCAGUUGGGAUUGGUAAAGAAGUCAGGUUCUACGAAUUCGAUGGGAGAAAACCGCCCGGUCAGAGACUGGCUCAGCUUCACGGGGGCUCCUUUGAUAUGGGUAACCGAAAUGGUAUCACGCAGGUUGAGAAUAUGAUGAACUAUAUCAAGGCGAAUGCUUGA